AUUCAGACAUCGUGCCGACCACUUGUACGAGAAGUAUGGAUCACGAUAGAAAUUACUAUUACGAUAUCUGUAAGAGGUAUUUGGUGGUGGUUGGUCAGUGGCCUUAUCAAACGUUCAAAGAGAGUUUAUUUUGGUGGAUUAUUAUACUUAUUUUGUAUAUUAGCGCGUAUGUUACACAGAUAGCAAAAUUUGUCAUAUGCAGUAAUAUGGAAUGUAUUUAUGAAGCUAUAAGUCCACACACGGUGACUAUUAUGAUCAUGGUGAAAAUUUGUACGUUUCAGUUUAAUAGCAGAAAAAUUAAAGAUCUCACUGAUCGCUUAUUCGCAGACUGGGAUAUGCUCGAAACUAAGGAAGAACACGAUAUUAUGAAACGAUAUGCCGAAAAUGGCAGGUGGUACGCGCUGAUGUACGGCACUUUUAUUUACGUAUCUACUGCUUUGUUUUCAUCAAUGUCUCUCGUGCCACGCAUUUUGGAUGUUGUAUUUCCAUUGAAUACUUCCCGUCGUAUAAUAUUACCAUAUCCGGCAUACUAUUUCGUUGACGAUGACCAGUAUUUCUACUACAUUUAUUUACAUAUGUUAGUUGCCAGCACUGUGGCUAUGACGGGAUUAAUCGCACACGAUAGCAUGUUUUUUGUUUACAUCGAACAUAUAUGCGGUCUUUUCGCCGUUGUGGGAUUUAGAUUUGAGCAUGUGUCAUAUAUACGUAACAAUACGGAUAAAGAUCUGAUCUAUUGUUCGAAUGACAAGUAUUAUAAAAACGUUGCGUCUUCAAUUCACGCUCAUCAACAAAUUUUGCAGUUUGCUAAACUUCUCGAAAAUACUUUUAUGAUAGCGUUUACUGUGCAACUUUUGAUAAUUACAAUUGGCUUGAGCGUUGCUUUAUUACAACUGUCGGCGCAAUUGCACGAUUUACCAGAAGCGACGAGAUACGUCGUCAUGGUUAUUGCUGAAUUGUUGCACUUGUUCUGCUUAAGCUACCAAGGACAACAGUUAAUAAAUCACAGCCUUGAAACUUGCGUCAAGAUAUUUCGCAGCUCGUGGUUUAACAUACCCGUAAAAGAACAAAAGCUGCUUCUGUUCGCGAUGAAAAAAAGCAUGGAACCUAAUGUUGUGACUGCUGGCAAAUUAUAUGUGUUUUCUUUACAAAGCUUCACAAGGGUGGUGCAAAGUUCGGUAUCGUAUUUUACGUUACUAUCAUCCCUAGACGAGUCGUGAUUAAUCAAGAAUGGUUAUGCCAGCAUGCAGUAAAAUAUCCCUGAAACAUUCCACAGGAGUAUAAUAUUACUAAUUACAUAUAUAUAUAUAUAUAUAUAUAUAUACAUAUAUAUAUAUAUAAUAAAAUGAUGUUUAUAUUUGCUAUCACAUUUAAAAUUUUAGAAGUACAAUUUAAAAAAAAAUAAAAUUUAAUUUUAUUGUUAAGCGAUCAAAAGUUUUUUUCUUUCAUCUUUUCCUGAAAUUCUCAUAUCAGACACAAGCUUUCUACAUAUAUAUAGAAGGAAGAUUUUGCUUCACUAUUUUAUUCUGAUUGAUACGUGCUGUUUGGAGGAAGUUUUGAA